CGUUUGUUUGCAUAUGUUGGAGUAUUCUCUCUUCUCCUAGAAAAGAACCUUUGACUUGUCUUUCUUCUCCAAGUUGCCUCAACAAUUAUCUUUCUUAGACACUAUAUAGUUCUGAUCAUACAAGUUGCUUCUAACGUCCGAUCAAGAUUCAAGAUUAUUCACCUCACAACACAGUUAGACAAGACAUAACAAGCUUUUAUUAUUACCAUACCAAGUACCAACCGAUAGACACAACACAAAGAAGGGUAGAAGAGGAAGAUGUGUUUAGUGUUUGUUUGUGGACAGGAUGAAAGAGUGGUGUCAAGGCAACCUGCACCUGGGGCAUGUCCUUAUUGUGGAGGGAUGAUUCAAGCUGUGGAUGUAGAUAGCCAGUGGAAUUUUUGUUUCUUACCUUUGUACCACAAGACCAAACGUAGGCACUAUUGCACCAUGUGUUCCAAAAAACUUGUGGUCAAGUAGCUCCAGUCAUCAUGAUCAUUCAUCAUCACAACAUACCACGCAGGAUCAACCUUUUUUCCAGUUCUCAUUUACUUAGAUUUAUGUAUCACUUUUGUGCACUAAACAUAUUAUUGUAAUGAUUUCACAUAUAUAAUAAUCUGCAAGUUCCUGUUAAAUUUCA